CGAACCUCCUGAACACGUCUCUGUCCUGGUUGGAGCCCUGCGAUUCAAAAGAGAAGAUGCCAGGCACAGCAAGACAUGACCAAGAGAUGGCAACAAAUGCUAGAAAAAGACUGUCCCAGACCACUGACGCUCUUGAAAGACUUCGCCUCCAGUGUUUAGCAAAGGGUUCUGCAGGCAUUAAAGGACUUGGCAGGAUUUUUAACAUCCUUGAUACCGACAACAGCAAAACUCUUGAUUUCAAUGAGUUUCUGAGAGGACUACAACGUUAUGCUCUGAUGAUCAAUAAGGAAGAAGCAUGGGAGAUUUUCCAGGCAUUUGAUAAAGACUGCAGUGGAACAAUUGAUUUUGAUGAAUUUCUUGUUACACUGAGACCUCCCAUGUCCAAUGCAAGAAAAGAGAUCAUCAUGCAGGCAUUUCAGAAGUUAAACAAGAGCGGAAAUGGUGUCAUAACAAUUGAAGACUUACGUGGGCUGUAUAAUGUAAAAUAUCAUCCCAAAUACCUAAAUGGAGACUGGACAGAAGAACAAGUUUUUAAAGCCUUUCUGGAUAAUUUUGAUUCACCCUAUGACAAAGAUGGGAAGGUCACAACAGAAGAAUUCAUGAACUACUAUGCUGGAGUCAGUGCUUCAAUAGACACAGACAUCUACUUUAUCGUCAUGAUGAAGAAUGCUUGGAAACUCUAAUAAUGCAGUUAAAGAAGCAUGACUUCCCUUUCACAUUUUAUAGGUUCCUCUGAUUAAGUGUAUGCACAACAACACCCUCCUGUUCCAUAACAAGUUUCCAGUAACUGUGCCAAUUACAUUCAAUCUGCAAAAUUAAUUCCCAGAUGCUUCAGUAGGCUCAGCCUCAGGGGAUCAAAGCAUAAUCAGAGAGUAGAUCUGACAUUUGGCCACCCCACACAUCUGUCCUUUUUCUCUUUGCAUCCCUGGUAUGUCUUUUUUUUCUGAGAUGAACUGCUCUUUUCUUUUCUGGCAUCUGCAGUAGGUUGCUGUGGCUCCUGAAUGCUCCCCUUGCAAUACCAGAUACAGUUCUGUUUGGCAGAGGAUGCAAG